UACUUUCUCUUUCACUUUUCAACAACGCUGGGUCCUGCUACACAGAGAGGCCUGUCUCCAUCAGAGGGCGAGCUCUGCUGAGAGGGGAGGCCCGAGAGAAGAAACCCCAUGGAUCGGUUGGAUCCCCGAACCUUCUACUUCCACUUCUGCAACCUGGAAUUCGCCAAUGGACGGAACCGCUCCUACCUCUGCUUCCAAGUGGAAAGAGAGGAGAAUGGCUCACUUGUCCUCAUUGACACGGGCGUCUUUGUAAACCAGGUCUACCCCGAGACUCGCCGCCAUGCAGAACUCUGCUUCCUCUCUUGGUUCCACGCCAGGCUGUCUCGUUACAAGCAUUACCAUGUCACCUGGUUCAUAUCCUGGAGCCCCUGCUCUGACUGUGCACAGGAGGUGGCUGAGUUCCUGAAGAGGCACAGGAACGUGAACCUGAGCAUCUUCGCUGCCCGCCUCUACUACUUCUGGCGCCCAGAAUUCAAGCAGGGCCUUCGCAGCCUGGAUAGCGCAGGGGCACGGGUGGCCAUCAUGUCCUUCAGGAAUUUUAUACACUGUUGGAGAAACUUUGUGCACCACGGUGAAACGUGCUUCAAUCCUUGGAGAAACAUUCAUAAAAAUUACAUGGUCCUGGUGGCAACGCUUGAGGACAUUCUCUGGUGAGAGCCUCCUCAGCCGCCUCCCUCUGUCCUGUCAUGCGUUGAGAAGCUGGAGCUGACGUACUGAAUUAAGGACACAGGCACAACUCGGAGAUACUGCGGGUUCUGUUCCAGACCACCACAAUAAAGCCAAUGUCACAAUAAA